AGAGAGAGAGGAAGGAGACAGAGAUGAGAUCCAGGGAAGAGAAAGUCAGGGAAAGUCUGGCUGGAGGGGGCGGGCGCUGGGAUCCCCGCCGUCUCCGCCCCGGAAAGCGGGGCUUCCGGGUUCACUAUAAAGCGGGGAGCCGGGGACCCCGGUUUUAGCCGCCUGCCACUGGCCAUGAGCUCCAGCUCGGACGCCGCCCCGGACCCCGAGGCCCCGCGGCCGCCCGCGCCCCCCGGCCCCGCCUGCCGCCGGCUGCCCUGGGCGCUGAGCGCCGCGCUGCUGCUGCUGCUCGCCGCCGCCUGCGCCGCCUGCGCCGCCCGCGCCUGGCCCGGCCCCGCGCCCGCCGGGGGGCUCCCGGAGCGCCCCCCCGACGCCCGGGCCCGCCUCCCCGACUCCCCGCAGGAUGUGGGCGUGUUCGCGCAGCUGGUGGCCCGAGAUGUUCUGCUGAGGGAAGGGCUCCUGGAUUGGCACAGUGACCCUGGCUUGAAAGGUGUGUUCCUGGCACCAGGCCUGAGCUACGAUGAGCACACGCAGGAGCUGGUCGUGUCUGAGGCCGGCAUCUACUACGUCUUCUUGCACCUGGAGCUGCGACGUGUGGUGUCCGGAUCUGCCUCUGGCUCUGUCUCCAUUGCCUUGCACCUGCAGCCACUGGGCACAGGGGCUGCGGCUCUGGCCCUGACCUUGGACCUGCCAUCUGAAGCCCGGGACUCAGCAGCUGGCUUCCGGAGUGGCCUGCUGCACCUGCGUGCUGGCCAGCGCCUGGGUGUCCAUCUCAGUGCUGUGGCUGGGGUGCACCUCACCUGGCAGCUUGCACAAGGUGCCACGGUCUUGGGCCUCUACCGAGUGGCCACCAAGGUCCCUGCUGGACUGCCCUCAGGACAUCCUUCAUGAGGCAGGCAGGGUUGCCACCCCCCUGCAGGGAGACUAAAUCCUGCCUUUCUUCCGCGGGGCCCUCGGGUGACGGGCCCUGGCUUCUCUACCUCACCAGGCAGGGCAGGAGUUCUGGCUGCUGACCCCCUCCUCAGGGACUUGCCUGGUCCCUCUAGCACCCCUGUCCCAAGUCAAACCUUUGGUAUUUAUUAUAAGCCUGAGCUCAGACAGUGAGCUUUGUAUUUAUCUGUUUAACUUAUAUUUAUUGAGCGCCCAGGCCAGGCACUGUGCAGCAGAGCUAGAGAAACAGACCAGAACAAACAAACAAACAACAGCAGCAAGCAAAACAGACUUCAAAAAAUCCUUAUGUUAAUAUGUGAGAAAUAAAGACUCAUUCCUAGCCUCCCCCUUUGGGAUUUGUGGGGUAGCUUAGGGGGUCUGCAGAAUUCUUUGUUGUGUGAGUUUCAUUCAUGCAACUUGUUUCACUAUCUACGAUGUGUCAGGCACUGUUUUAGGUGUUGAGGAUACAGCAACGAACAAAAUAGACCAAAACUCCAGCUUUUGCCAAGCUGACGUCUCAUGGGCUGGUUUGCCACUGUGACUGUGAUUGUCUGUGACCUGCUGUGCCUGGGCCAGGGGGCAGUGUGAGUUGGUGGAUGGUACUGGGAAAUAAACUAUUUAUAAAUUUAAUGAUGACGUUACUGAGCUUUUUACUGUACACCAGAUGGUGUUAUCGGAGACUCAUAGCUACUGUAUGUGUUAAGGAUUUUUUUUUUCCAUUUUACUAUUUGUAUGCUCUUGAGGUUAUUUUCCUCUAUGGUAAGUGGGUGGUGGAAAUACUGUAGAAUACAGUUCUGCAGGAAAUCACUUGCCAGCUCUGUUCAGUGCUGUCACACCAGUAACUUAAAAUCAGCCACGGGAAUCAGCAAAUGCAACAAGCCAGGGCUUGCUUUAUUGUCUGUGGUCAUCUAGACUGAAAGUGAUGGAGGAAUUGAUGUUAAACAAGUAGAUUAGACUUAAAACGGCAUCUUGUCUCUAUCUGUUAUGUUGUAAACACCAAGGAAGUCUUCAUCUAGUGUUUUCAAACCAUUAUAAGAUUUUGUAAAGAAGUUGCUCAUGCUUUCACAAGCAAGUGAAGUGUGGACAUACAUCUUUGGCCCGUUUUAUCUUAGUAUUAUUAUUAUUUUUUAGUUGAUUUCAGAGAGGAAGGGAGAAGAAAGAGAGAGAGAAACAUCAAUGAUGACAGACUCAUUGAUUGG